AAGCCGUCGGUUCAAGUGUUAUGCUGCUGCACCAUGCUGCAGAACUGCUGCCAACAAGGUUGCUGCAAUGUUUUGACAAUUUUUUCCCAACAGUGCACACACUCCCAAUGUGUGCGAAUCGUUUUUAGAAAGCUUUUUACAUCCAGCUGAAUUGAAUACGGUACCGGAAGACAAGAUUCUGCAGUAUGUUUGGACGAGGCGAUCCCAAUUAUGGGCCAACAGGCGAAUCAAUGGAGCCGUAUGGCAAUAAUAGCAAUCAGCUGCCACCAACAGGAUACUACAAUCCAGCUGGCGUAGCGCAACCGCCCGGGCAACGCAAUGCGCAUCCGCAAGCUGUGGCCAACAUCUAUCAGCAACACCAACAGCAAUUGCAGCACCAACACCAACAGCAGCUGCAACAGCAAGCCCAAUUUCGCCAAUAUCAGCACAUCCAUCACCAGCAGCAACAGCAACACCAACAGCAGCUGCAACAGCAGCACAUCAACCAAAUCAGUCCACCGAUUCCUGGCACACCAUUGGGCCGCGGUCUGCCUCCUUCUGGGUAUAAUUCGGCUGCCAGUCCUUUUUCUUUCUCGUCCAUGCAAAGUCCCCAUCCUGUUGGUUCACCGGUGCAGCCGUAUCAGACUACAGCGCACUAUCCCAAUCCAGCUCUUUCGCCCGGUGGCAACCUGGGCUCACCGUCGGGGUACCCACUGGGAUCCCCGUUGAUGCGCCAGCACUCUGGCAUGUCCCAGCCGUCGUCCGCAAUGCACAGCAUGGCCCACUCGAUCCCCAGUGUCGCCUCGCCCAUCCCACCGGUAGCUGCCUCGCCUUCCAGUUAUCAGCAGCCUUCCCGUCGCGGAUCGGCCGACGCAUCCCGUUCGCAGCGCUGUGCUGAAUGGGCCCGCGGUCAGCAGUGCGCCCCCGUGCCACCGCCCGUGGCCAAAACCCCGGUGGAGAUCCCCGAGGCCCCGAUCGUCGAGGAGCCACUCCCGCAGUAUCCCACUCCCGAAGAGAUGGAGGAGAUGGCCGCCACAGUGAAACCUCUGAUCCCGGAAGGCCUGCUGAAUCGGGUGUUUGCCAAGGCGGGCGUCGCGUUUAUGGACCCGAAGAUCGGGUCGUUGAUUGCACUGGCCGGGCAGAGCAUCGUUGCGGAUAUUAUUAAGGAUGCGGUGGCGAUUAAUAAAGACAUGCCCAAAGCGAAUGAUCGUGUGUUAACGCGAGCAGCCUUAGAGAAGGCGCUGCAAGACAGAGGCCUGAAGCAUUUACCUCCGGAUGUUUCCACGCUUAGAUAGACGGAAAGCAUUUUGUGAUGUGGAUUGAUCUCAGUUUCCCUUGGUUAUGGAAUCUUUAUCUUUAUUGUAGUCUUCUAGUCCUGACUUUACUAAAAGUGGCGUGUGUUAAUGCAGGAUUUGGCUUGCCGUGUCGGUUUGGAGCAGUGUGUUGUUCUUGAAUAUUUUACAGAAUGCUAUUGAAUUAUUACAAAAACUACUGCAGCGUAGUUUAGUUCGCAGUUGUUACGAGCAAAGGAAUACUUUUAGACCA